CAAACCAAUCCAGUCGGGAGCGGGGCGGGAUGUGCCUGUCUGCGAUGACGUUUCCACUUUCCAACUUCCCAUCGUCCCAUUUCCGACAUGGCGUAGAGAAGAGGCAACGCAGCGGGCUGGCAUUGUAGCGGAAAAGUUUAUAAAGUACAGCGAUUUCGUUAUUUCAGUAGGAGGAUAUAUAAACAGUUGGAAGUUAUAACUAGGAUUCAAGCAAAGUUUCGGGUGCCCACUGAGUGUUGAAGAUGAUGUCUGAUGCCAGUGACAUGUUGGCAGCAGCCUUGGAGCAGAUGGAUGGGAUAAUAGCAGGCUCCAAGGCUAUGGACUACUCCAACGGGCUGUUUGACUGCCAGUCGCCCACCUCUCCCUUCAUGGGCAGCCUGCGGGCGCUGAACCUGCUGGAGGACCUCCGGGGCGUGCUGGAGCUGAUGGACACAGAGGAGAGGGAGGGCCUGCGCUGCCAGAUCCCUGACGCCACCGCAGACAGCCUGGUGGACUGGCUGCAGCAGGGACACCUGAUGUCCAAUGGUCACCACAUCUCCAUGGGUGGGGACCUCUACCAAGAGAGACUGUCUCGGCUGGAGGGUGACAAGGAAUCCCUGGUGCUUCAGGUGAGUGUGUUGACAGACCAGGUGGAGGCGCAGGGGGAGAAGAUAAGGGACUUGGACAUGUGUUUGGAUGAGCACCGGGAGAAACUGAACGCCACUGAGGAGAUGCUGCAACAGGAACUCCUGUGCAGAACGGCUCUAGAGACUCAGAAACAGGACCUGCUGGCUGAGGUGUCCAACCUGAAGCUUAACUCAUUUGAGAAGGACAGACUGCACUUUGACUUCAGCGACAAUGAGGAACUCCUGUGCAGAACGGCUCUAGAGACUCAGAAACAGGACCUGCUGGCUGAGGUGUCCAACCUGAAGCUUAACUCAUUUGAGAAGGACAGACUGCACUUUGACUUCAGCGACAAUGAGGUAUGGAAUGGGAGGCCUCUGCUUUAG